UGUUGACCAUCCUUUUCUCUGUCGUUUCAGGUGAUGUACAUGAAGGUGGUUGUCGCGUCCUGUGCCUCCAAAACCACCGGCGACAACACAACAGAGCACUUCAUGAACCUGAUGGACUGUGUGCGCGAGGAGAUGAUAAAGUUCUGUGAAAAUCGUGACUCCAUGCUCAAGAUAGCGCUCCACAGUUUCACCGAGGCUUCUGUGUGUUCCCCUGUCCAAGUUCCCCCUGAGCCGCUGAUGUACUGCAAGGAAUGUGCCAAGGAGCUGGGAAUUGGCGGCUUCGUUUGUGGAAGUGAGGAGGAUGAGGAAGAAGGAAUCAGAAAGCACGGUGGCCACUUGAGAUGGGAAGAGGAGGAGGAAGAACAGGAGUGGGCUGUACGUCUAUGCACCAGCGAGAAAAUGGGCUGGUAUAACGCGAGUGACAAAACCUUCGACUUCGAGGCUAUGGGUAACACCAUUGCUAAUUUCGAUGGUUGGCAAGACAUUCCAGAGACUCUGGGGAAUGUGACGAAAGCGAUCGUGGAGUGUGUGCCGCAGGAGGAGGGAAGCAUGGAGGUGCAGGCAAUGCUCUGGACCUCCUGCUUCCUCCCCAGGUACUUCGACAGCUGCGGCUUCAAGAGUAAUCUGACGAGGCUGUUCUUCCCCGGGUUUGGGAGGAACAUUAUGAGGGAGAUGAGCAAAGUUGCGAGGAAGUUCAUAGGCCUGGGGGAGGAGUACCUGGGCUUCGAUGACGAUGAAGAUGACUUGGACGCCGAGAUGGUGGACGCGGGCUUGUUGGCUGGUUCACCGGAGGAGGAAGAGGGUGCUGGGCUACUGGAGGAGGAGGAGGAGGAGGGUGACGGAGAGACCAUGACAGCAGAUAGCCAGGAACCUCAGCCUAUGUCUGCCCCGAUGAAACAGGGUGAGAAAGCAGAUGAAAAUUCCAAUGAGAAAUCCACUGAGAACUCCGAGGGUGAGGACACAUCGACGGAGGUUACGUCUGAGAACACCACCACCAAACCUCCUUCCACUUAAUAUAAUGGACAAACCCAACUCCUGGUCAUGGAAACUCAAGCCCUCAGUCCAACCAAGGCUAUCCUAAGUUCGGUCCAACUUAAAUCAUCUUAAGCCCGGCCAACUUGAAUCAUCCUCAGCCCGGCCAACCUAGACGAUCCUAAGUUCGGUCCAACCUACACCAUUCUACGUUCGGUCCAACCUAAACCAUCCUAAGCCCAGCCUACCUAAACCAUCCUAAGCCCAGCCUACCUAAACCAUCCUAAGCCCAGCCUACCUAAACCAUCCUAAGCCCGGCCAUCCUAAACCAUCUAAGCCCGGCCAUCCUAAACCAUCCUGAGCCCGGCCAUCCUAAGUCUGGUACAGCUUAUAGCCAAGUUGGGAGAAUAAAAAAUAUCAGUACGGAAAGGAGAAGAAAUUAACAGGAAGAAUUAAAAAUAUCAACAGAAAAAAUCAUCGGCAAAUAAAAAUCGGUAUAAGGAAAGAAAAGAGAAGUAGGCGUCAGAAAUAAACCUCCUCCAUCCGUCUCCCUGCCUUCAGUGGCGCCAGAAACAGCUGUGACCUGAAUACACGAUAAAUAAACCAAGACUGAGUUAAUAUAGUAAUUGAAUUAGUUUGAGUAUUAUUUUUAUAUUUCUAAAAUUUCAUGUUGUGGAAGAUGUUUAUUAUUCACUGAAAUCCUUCCACUUUAGUUAUGCAAUGAGCUUCAGGAAUGUAAGAAUGCCAUCAAAGUGUUUAUACAAUAUGUUAAGGGACUUUUUAUAUGUGGCUUCAGCAUAUAUAAGUAAACUAAACCCACAUAGACCUAGAAUUAGCUUACUAACAAGGGGAGUGAGUGAGUAUUCAGGGAUGAAUCGACCAAAAGGGACCGUUCCAGCCCAUCGCCAAUAUUAACUUGAAUGAAGAAUGUAAAUCAAAUGUAUUUCAAAGGUGAUUUAUAUACAGUACAGUAGUGUAUACAUAUUGAUAAAUUAACCGAGCAGAGAAAAGUUGGAGAGGCCUUGGUCAGCCUGAUGGUCGAUACGUCCUUGGUAGGAUUAGUGUUACGUACUGUACUGUACUGUCCAUUAUUCAUAACUAUCCGUAAAGUAUAUAUCCUAUCUAGGCAUAUUAAAUAGUACGUUACUUUAGAUACAUCAAUUCUUUUCCAAACUAUUCAAUACACCUACCCUAUAAAAUGUUCAGCUAAGUAUUAAAGGUGGUAGAUGUAUUAAAUAAAUUCAGCGCUGGUGAGACUAAUAAUUCCUGAUGGAGAGUUGAAUAAUAAAUUUGAGUUGUGACAAAUUGAACACCAGCAAUAGCUCACAGAUGUUGGCAAAUAUUAUAGAAAUUUAUCGUCAAAAGUAGAAAGUUUUGUAUCGUGUUAUCUGUUAAUAAUUAAUUUGACCCAUUAAAGCACUGCAUUAGAAACUCCAA